AUGAGAUUGAAUGAUGACCGUCUGACCGUCCAUACUCCCCAGUCCACUUUCGAGACUCCAGACUCCAGAGUCCCCAAUGCCCCAGGGGCCCAGCCUCCAGAGCCCCAGGGGCCCAGCCUCCAGAGAGUGGCCCAGACUCCAGAGAGUGGCCCAGCCUCCAGAGAGUGGUCCAGUCCCCACGAGGCGCCAAGCGGUCAAGAGGCCACGAGUCUACGACCCCACCGACACACCGAGAGUGGCGAGUGGUACAGGCCGACAGGCGCACCCUGA